AUGGGAACGAAAAUGGAGGUGGGACACCUCGAGAGCAGGAUGAACAUUGAGGACUAUAAGAAGCUGCAGGGUCUUUUCCUGGACACUUCAGGUGCUUCUCGAUCUUUCUCCAAAGCUGAAUUCAUUGAACUGGCCUGGUCAUCAGUUGGCCAUGGCUCAAAGGAGGAAUAUGGCCUCUUGUUUGACAGCGUGGUUGUCACUCAAGAGCACAAUGGCCUCCUGUUGGACAUUGAAGCUGUGAAGGAGGAGGGGCGCAUUGACUGGGAAGGCCUGUGCUCCUUCCUGCUGUUAGAGCUUUCUGACAAAGUGAAGCAUGGCAAGUCCAGAAGUGAGCCCUGCUGGGGGCCACCACGCACUUUGACCUGCCCACAUCGUGACCCUGUUCAACAGGUCUUGUUCCUGCAGAGUUCAGGUCAAUACCUGUCGGUGAGUAAGGGAGGAACUGUGGGGCUGUGGGCCGGAGGCGACCUGUCCCUCCUCCACACACAUCGACUACAAAACAACAGCGUCAGACCCAAAGACCUUUGGGUCACAGACAUGGUGCUGCUGCAUAAUGUACACAAGAUAGCCGUGUCAUUCACAAGUAAGGAGGUGUGUUUUUAUGAUCAACUGUCCAAAGAGGAGUUCAGCUGCAAGUACAAGCUCCAGGGUUUGAAGUUUACCCCCUGGCGUCUGGACUACUGGGUGCAUCCCUCUCACCAUGACCAGGCUGUGCUCACCAUAGGAGACAUCGGAGGACAGGUCAGCCUGUUGUGCUUCAGCUUGGCACAGAUCUCUCUGUUUGACAGCAUCGGUCCAAGGGCGGAGUCAGGUUCCGCUGACAUCAUCAAGUGGGAGGAGCUUGUCAAAGGAAAGCACUGCAGCUGUCGUGUACUGAAACAUCGGGUGCACACCCCCGCCUGGGUUCAGCGAGUGCGUUUCCUGGGCUCACUGGAGGCCUGUGUGUCCUGCAGCACCAGCCCGCAGAGCAGCAUGGUGAUCGGCUGGAGAGAAGAGGAGAGCAGGAAACUGCGAGUCACCUCCUUCAACACACAGAAAGGGGUGUGGGACGUGGACCACCACCCAGGACUCAAUCUGAUAGCCACAGCAGGUGUGGACCAUCGGGUGUUGCUGUGGAACCCCCACGUGACCUCGGAGCCAGUGGGCGCGCUCAGAGGACACCAGAGCUCUGUCACUGCUGUCCGCUUCCUACAUGACAAGAAACAACUGCUCAGCUACUCCAAAGACAAGGUCCUGUGUCUGUGGGACGUGACCAGCCAGCUGUGUGUUCACCGUCUGGCUGACAUCUUCCCAAACACCCCGGAGAACAGGCGCACCAUAAUGUUCCUCCACGAGGAGCAUCAGCUCCUCCUGCUGUCCUUCAACAGCCUGCUCCUCCUGCUGGAGACCAGGAAGGAGGAGAGGAGGACCAUCAGCCACAAGAACCCUGUUACAUGUGUUCUCUAUAAUAAUCUGUUCAGACAGGUGGUCAGCAGUGACUCUGCCUCCUCUGUGAUCUGCUGGCAGGCUGACACAGGCCAAAAGGUCAAGCAGUUCCACCGUUGCCAUGGUGAUGCCGAGAUCUCCACCAUGGCCCUCGACGGUACACAGACACGGCUGUUUACCGCAGGCACUGACGGAGAGGUCAAAGUGUGGGACUUCAAUGGCCACUGCCUCCACAGAAUGAAUGCCGGCCGGGGCCACGCUGUGGAGAUUUCACAGCUCCUGCUGCUGAGGAGGAACAUACUGGUGAUGGGCUGGGAUAGGAUGUUGACGGUGUUCCGCCUGCAUUCGUUCUCCCAGUUCUUCGUUGAGCCGUCAGAGUGGAAGGGCGGCCCUCAGCAUCGCUGUGAGGUUCUCUGUGCCGCAUCCCAGCCCCCGCACACCCUGGCCACAGGAAGCGAUGAUGGAGAAAUUACAAUCUGGAACUACAGCACAGAGAAAGCAUUAAGGAACCUGCAGCCUCAUGCUAAACAUGGAGAAUUCAGGAAUCAGCCAGGUCUCACACACACAUAUACAAACUUUGACUUAGAAAACUCAGAGAACCGUGAUACCAUCACAAGAUUGUUUUUCAUACCAGGACGCACAUCUGUGACUGCAGCUAUGGAUGGAGCAGACCUGGUGUCCUGUGGAGGUUCUGGUGUGGUCAGGCUCUGGAAUACACUUCACAGCAGUCUAGUGGGACAGUUCACAGCACACAACAGAGACUUGGGCUCUAUAGUCAUGGCCGUCAGCCCCUGUGGAAAAUAUUUAGUCACUGCCGAUGGGGAGGGUACAGUCAAGACAUGGGAUAUAGAGCACUACUGUCUCAGGUCGGAUGAGGGAGUAAGCAAUAGACUUCCAAAACUGCUCUGCAGUCUCCACCCACACCUGGACCGUGUGACUCACCUGGAGACGUGUCUCCAUGGCGACAGGCUCCUCCUUCUCUCGGCAUCCUUGGACUGCAGUGUGGCUCUUAGCUACCUGCCUGGAGAUACUGUUGGUUUGUUCGGACAGGAGGAACCCUGGUGCCUGGUGGGCCCCGGGCCUGCACCCUCACAGCAGGAAGCAGAGCAGGACCAGGAGCAGGGGAGGGAGUCACCUUCAGUUUCCACUGAGGCACUCCCUGUCCCAGAUGGGAAUGUGGAUAUAAAAGAAGAUGAAGAAGAGGUUGUGGAGGAGGGAGAGAUGGAGGAAGAAGUGGACACAGAAGAAUUUUUAUCUAGUGUGCAUGCACUUGAAGGCAGCAGCAUACUUGGCAGGAGCUACGAGGAGAAGUGGGGCCUGCGGGCGACUGACAACAGAUCCAGUCACAGAAACACAGCCUCAAGUCUCCAUACUGGAAUGUUCAGUGGUCUGAGUGUGGAGGAGCUCCAAACGGUGAAAAAGUUAUCCAGGUCAGAGUUUGUAACCCAUUGUGAGCACUACUUCAACUCAGGACAGGAUUCCAGCUCACAUUAUACCAUGCCACCCAACAGAAAAGCAGUGAAAGCAGCCUUUGAUGAGUGCAGUCUGUUCCCUAAAGAGCCUCUGGAAAUGGAGAAGAAACAGAGAAAACCAUGGAACCUCCUAAAAGAGGUGGCCUGUCAACAGGACAGGAAACAGGAUGCCAAGAACACCCAGAGUACAGGGAGAGGCCACGGCUGGAAGGACAGAAAGCCAAAGGGAGGCGCUGCUCCUGUUUCUAGGACUUUCAAAUGAAAAUGGACAACACCGUGAUCCCAGCUCUGUCAGCUCUAUCACAUCUGCUACUAUGGAUCUGUACACACACACACACACACACACACACACACACACACACACACACAUACAAGAUUUUACAGGAGUCAUCCUAUGUUGCUGUAAAAAAAAGACUUUUUCCAAACAACAAUGAAAAGUACAGUCCUUUCCUGGAAUGAACCCUUUUGUAAUAUCCUCUUUGUACUAACAUAAUAUAAUAAAAAAAUCUUAGACAUAAACCACAAUUUUUUAGGAGAUAUCACUCUCCUGGCCAUAUUUGUAGUUUUAAUGUGGCUUUUGCCAUCAUAUCACAUCAGAAAACAUGACCACAAGCAUCGCCUGCUGCUCACAUUGCUAUCAGAUCUUCAAAAUCUAAUUUGGAAGCGGUCAGACUCACAUCACAAUGUGAGUUCAACCACAUCCAAAUUCAGACAGCAGUCCAGAGGCAGGGCAGAUCCAAUGCACAUACAGGCUGCAGUAAAAGAUGGAGGGAGAGCCAUACAAAUCAUAUAAAAUCUGACCUUUGGAAUCUCAAAAGUCACCUCAAAACGACAAACAAGUUGACUAAUGUUUCUCUACUAAUUUUUCGUAAUUUCAGAGAAUUGGAGAAAACAUAAGCUGUCCUGAAGUCAGGUCAGCAAUUAUGAGAGAAAGGCAGAGCUGCAUUUCCUCUUCCGCUGCACAAAAUGUCACAUUAGAGAAUCUUACUUUUAGAUUGUGAUCAAUGUAUCUAAUUUGUCAUUAGAUAAACUCUUCAAUAUUGUUCAGAUGUCAUUCUCAGAUUCCCCUGUAGAUUAUCCUUUGUGUUGUCACUAUAUUUUAACUUGCAUUUGUAUUGUAUGUAUGUUUUGGCAAUAAGUACAUUUCUAUUUUCAUAAAGCCCAUUUUUAUUUGAAUAAAUCCCAUUUGAGUCAAAGAAAAAAUGAGAUAGAGGGUAAGUAAAAGAAAGUUGUGCCUGUUUGUACUGGUUGAAGCAUGUGAAAUACUGAGACAGUGCUAUAAGUGUUAUUAACACCACUUAUAAUUGUAGCUUUCUCUCUGACUGACUGUGACACUAAUCUCAACACUAUAUAACUGUUAACCACCUGAAUCUGCUGCACUGAUAGAGAGUGAGUAUAUGCAUGUAAAAAAAUGUCUGCUCUGUGUUACAUUAAAUUGUUUCAGGUG